AUGACGCUGGCGAAUGUGUUGGAGAUUGACUUGGACUUGGUGAAGAAUGCAGUUUCCAUGUACUGCCGCCUCGGCUUUGCUGUGAAGAAAGGUCAUGUAAUCAGCGCAGAACAGCUCCACCCCUCCUGGAAGAACGCUGCGUCCUCCAACAGAUUCAAGAGCACCGUGGACCCUCAGAAGAUGCUGCUGUCCUGGGACCAGGGCAGUCCUGUGAUGGAGGGGGGCUCCUCAGCCACCGACACCGACACCACCAGCCUGGAAGAAGCAGAAACAGGAAGCGUUAGCAGCUUAAUCAUCCCAGCUGCUCCCACCAAGAGGAUCGCCUUCCUGUUUGACUCCACUCUCACUGCCUUCCUCAUGAUGGGCAACCUGUCUCCGAACCUGAAGAGUCAUGCAGUGACCAUGUUCGAGGUGGGAAAGCUGUCCGAUGAGACUCUGGACAGCUUCCUGGCUGAGUUAGAGAAGGUGGAGAGCACAGCAGAGGGCGAGGCUCAGCGUUACUUUGACCACGCUCUCACCCUGAAGAACACCAUCCUUUUCCUGCGCUACAACAAGGAACUCACUCAGGACCAGGGACCAGAUAUCCCUAAUAUAGGUUUCCCCUUGGACAUGUUGCGCUGUGAGAGCCUGCUGGGUCUGGACCAGGCCACCUGCAGCCGGGUCCUCAACAAGAACUACAAGCUGCUGGUCUCCAUGGCGCCGCUCAGCAAUGAGAUCAGACCCAUCAGCAGCUGCACGCCUCAGCAUAUUGGCCCGGCUAUCCCUGAGGUGAGCUCCAUCUGGUUCAAGUUAUACCUGUAUCAUGUGACCGGCCAGGGCCCGCCCUCUCUGCUGCUCUCCAAAGGCUCCAGACUCCGCAAACUGCCAGACAUUUUCCAGACCUACGACAGGUUGUUGAUCACCUCCUGGGGUCACGACCCCGGAGUCGUGCCAACAUCCAACGUGCUGACCAUGCUCAACGACGCGCUCACACACUCUGCUGUACUAAUCCAGGGUCACGGAAUGCACGGCCACGGAGAAACCGUUCACAUCCCGUUCCCCUUUGAUGCAGACGAUCUGGAAGGAGGCUUCUCCCACUCCAACAUGUGUGUGCACAAGGCACUGCAGAAGCUGAAGGAGAACGUGGACCUGGAGCACCAGUGUGGCUACGUCACCAUGCUCAACGCCAACAACCGGCACCGCCGCAGACCCAGCGAAGGCAAUGAGUGCAGAGGGGAAACUCAUCUGGGGGGGGGCCUGGACAACAAUGGCAGUACUGAGUCAUUUGAGCUUGUGACAGAAGAAAACAACGGGGAAACCAAAGCAGCAAAGACAGAGAGCCUUUCCUCUGAAGAUGAGUGGGUUCCUCUUGAGCUGUGCUUCGGCAUGCCCCUCUUCAGCUCCGAGCUAAACCGCAAAGUGUGUCGAAAAAUCGCCUCGCACAAACUGUGCAGCAGCGAAAGCCUUCAAGAGCUCCUUUACUCGAGCCGAAAGCUAUCGCUGAAGGUGUUGAACUUCGUUCAGUCAUUCCAGGACAGCAUCCAGCCCUCUGACAUGGACAGCGGCGUGUCGAACCCUCUCAGUCAGCCCCCGGCCGAGUCCGGCGUCCCCCUGCCCGCCCUCAACCUCAUCUUCAAGGACGGGCAGCUGAAGGAGUGGAGUGGGCGGGCCCCUCCUCCUCUCGACAUCUCCGCUCUGCAGAAGGACCAAUCCACAUAAACCCACCUCCCCAAAAAACAGAUUUGGCCAUAAGGAAAAACAUCCUCUCAUCAAAAAGGCCCCUCCUCUUACUGAGGGAAAUUGUAAAUCGAGGUCGAGCCCUGCAUCGUGUCCAUCAGUCUUGGGAAAAUUAGCCCGGCCAGCACUUCAUCACCUACUGUAUGAGGAAUCUCCUUCUGACAGUGUUGCCCCCCCCCCCUCACUGUUCCCCUCUGUGGUUCCUCAUAUUCGUAGCAACGCAGUGUUAUCUGUUGGAGUGGUGCUAUUAUCACAGUAUAUAAGUGAAGUGAACCUGGAAGGUCAUUUACCUGGAAACACACACGCUGUUCUCCACUGACUAUCCCCUCCCCCUCCCCACUCUUCUCCAAUCUAUGAGUGUUCUGUGAGAGCGAAGUGGUUAUUAAUUGUAUAGAUGUUAUUGAAAUGACCCAAGAAAUAUAUGAUGAAGUGUGACAUCUGCAGGACUUAUUUGACAAUAUGCAUAUUCCAGGACCAACUUUCAGGACGGAUGGAGUCCAGGUUCAGCCCCCCUGUGUUGUCUCACGUUACGUGAUCUGAUGCAUGAUACUGUUGCACAACUCAUGAAAAAUACUUUACUUGUAAUCAAUAUCGGGGGCAUUUAUUAUUUGCACUGUGCAGGAUUUCUUCAAACCUGUGGAUGAAGUAAAGUCAUGCAAUUAUUUUUAAACGUUGGAUUCCUUGUAUUGCGUACCUGGUUUUAGACGUUAACCACAAGACAGGUUUUCCUCUUGGAAUUUAACUGGGCAUCAGAGAAACUGCAGUUUUUUUAUUCUUUGUCAUCAUUAUUCCUCAGUACAAGAAACACCAAAGACCCUUUUCUGUUCCUGUAUUAUAAGUUUAACUUUCGUUCCUUUAUUCAGCUGCCUUAUCACUGUCAGCCAAUCAAAAAUGACAAGGUCUAUAGGUUUGAUUAGCUUACUUUUGCCUUUUUUAAGUGAUUUAUGCACAUUUGAACAAGUGUCUACAGCCAAUACAAUCAUCAAUAUUGAGCCAUAAACUACCAACAUCGCCCUUUUGAAGAGUUUGAGAAAAUUAACAAAGUUGACCUGAUUGCAUGGAUUGUUAACAGUCAGGUUUGUGUUUGACCCCGGCCUGCCGCAGCCAGUAUUUCCCCCUGGAUGGACUCCAGUUAGUGAGCAGUGCACUCUCCAAGGGUUUCUGUUUACACCGUGUUGAAAAAUGGGCUUUGUAGUCUAGAGAGGAGAAGGCAACUUCGCUGUGAAGGCUGUCACAGACCCAUGGGAUGGAAAUGCUAAUGCUCUGCCCGGUGUUUCAGAGACGUUUUGGCCCAAGAGUCUGAACUCUUUCAUGAUUUUUCAGUGUGGCUCGAAGAAUAUAGAUCUCCUUUUAUUAGAAUGUUAAUCCCCUUUGUUGAACAUUUUUCUUGCAUUUCUUCUUUUUUUUUUUUUUUUUUAAAGGAAUCUGUCUCCUGCAGUUUUUGACCCCACUUGUGGUUGUUAUUUCUAAUAAUAUGAUGCCGAAAUAGAAAAAAAAAGGACUAACAUGAGGUCCGGUUGAAGCAUGAUGACUGUGUAGAAACUGUUGUGUGUAAGUUGUGUAUGCGUGUGUGUUGUACACCUUACUCGGUGUGUUUUCCAUACACGCCUACCUUUCACAGGUCUAGUUACAGUGCUCGGUCAUCCUAGAUAUCCCCCAUCCUCCACUACAGUGUUUAAAAAAAAUGCUAGUUUUAUAUGUCAGCCUAUAUUUUAGGAAAUCUUUGUUGUAGCUUGUUUGAUGGGACUGUGAAUAUCAUUGAGUGAGUUCAUAAUGCUCUUGUAAUUAAAUGGGAUUUAAAAAAUAUGAACGUGACAUUCCUUCAACAUGCACUUCCUCCAUCCUUACUCCAUUUCCCCCUCUGCUCCAGAUACAUGUUAUUAUGAUGAAUAAAUAUGUAAAAAGUAUAUGAGAAUAUAAAUAAAUAUGUUAUAAGAACAAACUCUUUUUCCUCCCUGAAA